AUGGAGCGUCUCUUUGUCCUCUUGUUGGUGCUGUGUGCCGCGGUUGGCCUGGCCAGCGCCGGAAGGCUAGUGCGACUGAACGACGACAACCUCGAGCGCCACUUUGGGGAGUCCAUCGGCAAGGAUUGGGUCAUCCUCUUCGGUAACAAGAAGACCACCGACCCUGAGCUUGUCCAAACCUUCCAAGCCUUUGCCGAAGCCGAAGGCUACUUUGUGGUGGGCGCCGUGGACUGCCAUUACGAGCCUGGCGACCGCAUCAAGUACUCUGGCGAGGAGCAAACGCCAGAGGCGUGGAAGGAGUGGGCCUACAAGCUCACCCACAACACCUGGAACGAAUCCGUCUCGAGCGGCGAGUGGUUUGUGAAAUAUUACGCUCCGUGGUGCGCGCACUGCAACCAAAUGGCGCCCAUGUGGAGCCAGUUCUCCGAAGAACACAAGAACGAUUUCAACGUGGCCAAGUUCGACUGCACCGUGCCUGAGCAUGCGAGCAUCUGCGAGGCGCAGCUGAUCACGGGCUACCCCACUUUCGUCUUCUACAUCGAUGGUGAGCGGUUCCCUCACACAGGCGAGCGGAACAUGGAGAUGUUCCUGCGUACCGCGACGAGAGCUCGCCUGGGCAUGCUGGACUACGACGAAGGUGAGGAAGACAGAGACGAGCUGGCGCCCAGUUUCGGAAUCCCCGAGGAUAAGAAGAGCGACCCCUACGACGAACUUUAA